UUAAACGACACACACAACACAAAACAACACAACACUUUGCAUGCGCCCCAACCCUCAAACCUUGUAGAACUGCAGGUACAACUAAGUAUGCUUAAAAAUUCGUACGGCCAGUUGGCGACACGAUUUGACGCAUUGAGGAAAGAAAACGCUUAUCUCUUAGCCCGGUUGCAAAAUGCGGUUAAUAAUGGCAAUCCAAACGUGGUUAAUAAUGUGCUACGAAAAUUGGCACAAGCGAAUCAACAGUACAACGCCUUCCGAAGCGCGAUGCAAGGCGAUAAUUUCAAUUUGCAAAAAACGCUCCAAAACUCAAUGUUGCAGUUGCAAGACAGAGACCGCGCCCUAAACCACCAAAACAUUCAAAUCAAAAAUCUCCAACAAGUUAUUCGUUCACUUCCGACGCAGUGCAGAAAAUUCGCUGUGCCGGGAGAAAACUUGGAGACUAACGACUGUUCUAAUUUAUCCGUCGAUAAUAAAAAACUGACAGAUUUGAUCAAAACGAAAGACGGGGAAGUUCAAAAUUUGCGGAAACAAAUCAGUUCACUUCUUAUCGAAUAUAGCAAUCUCAAGUCUCAAAAUAAUGUUUGUAUUCAAAAACCGUGUUUGUGUGCGGGUGCACAAGUAAAAGAAGUACCAGUGGUCACACCAUCACCUCCGAAAAUAGUGCGCGUGAUGGUACCAGUGGUUCAACCUAAAGUUGUAGUCAAGGAAGUGAAGGUACCACAAGUUGGUGCCCAGCGUUGUCCACCACCAAGAAUCGAACGAAUCGAAGUACCCAAAGUUAUUAUUCAAAAGGUACCACUUCAGGUGCCGGUACCAUCAAAAUGUACCCUUCCAGAUCUGUCGAAUUUGUACCAUUGUGAUUCGUUGCAAGCGACAAUUGACCAGCUCUCGUUACCUAAUUAUAGUCCUACCGAGGUUUUCAAAUUUAAACAAACUCUCUUGUCUUUAAUCACACGACAAAAGAAUUGCAUGGCUUCGUCUAUAAAAGCUCAGACUUGUACUAACCUACCAAAAAUAAAUGUACCACAGGCGUGUGUUGCACCGUCUUCCAUUGUUGAUAGUUUGGUUUUGAAUGGUUUUAGCACUUCUGCCGUCACGUCUUAUAAAGAAAAUCUAUUGCAUCUGUUGCAAAACGUGCAAAAUUGUGCCCUUAAUAAUAAUAAUAAUCAACCAAAUUGUCCAAAAUUGCCUACGUUAAAAUUACCAGAAACUUGCUUUAAACCGCUUGAUGUUGUCAAUAGUGUUGAUUUAAGAGGCUACAGUCCCUCAGACUCCGAUAAUUACAAACAGUCACUUUUGCAAUUGUUGAACAAGUUGCAGAAGUGUUCGUCGAACCAACACCCAAUUUCAGGUUUUAGUAGCACAACGCCUGUGUUUUCAAAUAAUUUGCAAAAUAAUUGUUCACUUUUGCGACUACCUCUUUUGGAACUGCCACAAAAUUGUUUAUCACCGUCGCAAUACGCACAAAAUUUGGUAAUUACAGGUUUUAAUCCCGUCGAUGUUGCACUAUUUAAAGAAUCGUUGAAGGGUCUUAUUGAAAAAUUACAAAACUGUAACAAUUACAAGCCUGUAUCAAGUGGACAACCUCAACAAGCGACUUGUGGAAACCUUCCAAAACUGCCAACUGUCGGAAAUUGUCUUGCACCUCCUCAAAUCAUAAACCAAGUAAAUUUGGAUUCGUUCUCCAAAUUGGAAGCGGACAUAUUUAAACAAACCUUAUUGGAAUUGUUACAUUUACAACAAAAGUGCUGUUCCAAACAGGCUCCUCAAGUUGUCCAAAAACCGGUUUAUGUGCGUGUCCCUGUACCACAACCGCCCAAAGUCGUGGUGAAACAAGUACCGAGAAUUAUCGUUAAACAGGUUCCAGUACCGGUUCCGCAACCUCCUCGAAUCAUCACUAAACAAGUUUACGUCCCAGCGGGUACCAAAUGUAAACCGAUUAUUCAACAAGUACCAGUCAAGUUUGCGGUACCAGUGAAAAUUAAAGUACCAGUUCGUGUUCCGGUCACAAAAACUUGCCAGUUGCCUAACAUUGAUAUUUUCGACUGUUCUUCUCCAAAUCAGAUGGUCGGUUCUUUAGAUUUGGUCGGUUACAACCCUGCGGAUGUCUCCAGAUUUAAGGAAAGUCUUCUAUCGUUGAUUCAGAAGCAAAGGGUGUGUGUUUCACAGGGACCAACCCAAGUUCCUUCAAACAAUCUACCAAAUGGGUUGUUGGGGGCGUCUCAAUGUGAUUUACCCGAUUUGUCUCAAUUGCAGGGUUGUCUAACCCCACAAAUGAUACAAUCGUUGAGAGUUUCACCUAAAUGUAGUCAACUUGAGGUACUUACGUUUAAGCAAACUCUUUUGGGUGUGGUCGCAGCUCAAAGAAACUGUGUACGAGAUGCUAAUCCACUUCCUUCUGAAGAUAACUCUCAAGGAGUGUCUCCUCAUAAUUCAGGCCCUAAAGUUAUUGUGAAAGAAGUUAGAGUACCAGUGCGUGUGGUGCAGCCUCCGAGAAUUUUAAUAAAACAAGUUCCAGUUCCGGUACCACAACCACCGAAAAUCAUAAUAAAGCAAGUACCAGUUCUGGCCAAUAAAACUAGCUCAAAACCGUUGAUUGUCUACAAAGAAAAGCCAGUAAUGGUUCAAUUACCACCACGUGUUUUGGUUAAACAAGUCCCGGUUAAAGUGUUCGUUCCAGUUCAAACUAAAUCAACUCAAUGUCAAUUGCCUUCGAUAAGUAUCAAUAGUUGUUCCGAUUUACAAAACGAUAUAAGCUCGUUGGCUUUUGGUGGUUUUAAUUUAGAGGAAGUGAAUAGCUUUAAACAAAAUCUUUAUUCAGUGCUUAUGCAACAGAGACGUUGUAGUCAGUGUCAUUUGCCUGAUGUGAAUAUUCAAGGCUGUGAGGCAUUAGAUCAACAAAUCGGAUCGAUGAAGAUUCCAGGUUACAAUAAUUGGGAUGUGGACAUUUUCAAACAAAAACUUCUUUCGAUACUUAACCAACAAAGACAAUGUUCAAGUUCGGGCAACAGUGGGGGACCAAAAGUACCACAACCUCCUAGAGUUAUCGUGAAACAUGUUCCAGUUCCACAGCCUCCGAAAGUAAUAUUCAAACACAUUCCCGUCUUUACAAAUUGUGACAAGAAGCCGGUACCCUCAGGUUUGCAACCCUCAGGUGCAGUAAGAGGCGCAGAUGAUGGUACUGAUACUCAACAGAAGGGUGGUACCACGAAUGCAGUACAAUGCCAUUUGCCCAAUAUAAACAUCCAGGGAUGUGCAGAUUUGCAAAAACAAAUCGAUUCGGCAGAUAUAUCGCGUUAUGACUCACUUGAAGUUAUGAAUUUUAAGCAAAACCUACUAACUAUGCUCCUGGAUCAAAGAAAAUGUUCACCAACGUCUGGCUCCACUGGUCAACAACCAAUUUAUAUAAAGGUACCAGUCAAAGUACCAGUUCCUGUAGAAGUACCAAAAGAGGUAAUCAAAGAAGUGAGAGUGCCGGUUCCGGUACCACAACCUCCUAAAAUCAUAAUCAAACAAGUGCCAGUCCAAGUACCACAACCUCCUCGAGUCAUAAUUAAGCAAGUACCUGUUAUGACCAAAUGUGAUCAUAAGCCGAACGUUGUGGUGCAGGAAAAACCGGUUCAAAUUGCGUCACCACCACGUAUUGUUGUCAAGCAAGUACCGGUUAGAGUUCCAGCUUCUACAAACUUGCGUUGUCACUUACCAAGAUUACAGAUUAACAAUUGCGAAGAUGUGCAGAAUGUUGUUGGUUCAUUAUUAUUGCCUGAUUAUGAUGGAGUCGAAGUCAACCAGUUUAAACAAGAUGUGCUAUCAUUGCUUAAUCUGCAAAGAAAUUGCAUUAAAUGUAAAUUACCCGAUCUGCAGGUUAUUGCAGGCUGUCAUGCACUACAAAAUCAAGUUCAGAACUUAGCUUUACCAAACUAUAAUUCCUGGGAGGUACAAUCUUUCAAACAGAAUCUUUUGUCACUUCUCGAAGAUCAGAGAAAGUGUGUUCAACAAUCUGGCAAUCUCGUUAGGGACAAUACUUUACCUCCUGGAGGAGAUCACGGUGGAGCCAUCAAUCCAGGUGGUGUUCCACGUUGCGUUCCACAAAUAGUGGAAGUACCAAAAGAAGUAAUAAAAGAGGUUCGGGUCCCAGCGAAACCAAAAGAAAUUAAAGUUUAUGUACCACAACCUCCCAAGGUUUUGAUCAAACAAGUGGAAGUACCGGUACCUCAACCACCUAAGGUAAUUAUUAAAGAAGUUCCAGUCAGGAAUGAAAAUUGUAACCAAGAACCAAGGGUUGUAGUGAAGGAAAAGCCGGUUCAUAUCCCGGUACCUGGACGUACCAUUACUAAAGAAAUACCGGUUAGGGUUAACGUACCUGUGAGGGUUCCUGUUAAGUCGGAGUGCCACUUGCCAAUUCUAGAUAUUCAUAGUUGUGACACUAUACGAGUACAAAGUGAAAUUGAUUCCCUGGGUCUGAAUGACUACAGUUCGGCAGAAGCAGUUAACUUCAAACAAAACCUCCUCAGUGCGUUUAGGCAGCAAAGAAAUUGCGUACAGUGCAGAUUGCCACAGAUGAAUGUAGCGGGUUGCGAAGAUCUACAGAAGCAAGUUGAUUCGAUUAUUUUACCGAAUUACAACUCGUUGGAUGUGGAAAAUUUCAAACGAAAUCUGAUUACUAUGCUUCUCAGCCAACGAAACUGCAUGCAAAAGCAAUUGCAAGGUCCUAAUUCGCCUAACCAAGGGUUUAAUCCUCUUCCAAACUCUGAAAGUGAUGAGCCUAGAAGUCGAGAACAAUGUGUACCUAAAGAAAUAAUCAAGGAGGUCAAGGUUCCUGUACCACAACCUCCGAAAAUUGUAACGAAAGAAGUACCAGUUCCGCAACCUCCUAAAAUUAUAAUCAAGGAAGUACCUGUAUUUAAAUGUGACCGUGAUCAGGUUGGAAAUGGAGGAGUACCCGAUAGAACACCAAGCGCUCCGAGUGAUAUGCAGUCGGGAAAUCCAGGACAGUGUGUACCUAAAAUAAUAACUAAAGAGGUCAAGGUUCCUGUAAAAGUGUUAGUACCACAACCUCCUCGAAUGAUAAUCAAGGAAGUACCAGUAUUUAAAUGUAAUCGUAAUCAGAUACCAAACGGAGAAGGGGUACCUGAUGGAAGACCAAGUGUUCCAAGUAAUGCACAGUCUGGACCACAAUGUGCCCCUAAGGUAAUAAUUAAAGAAGUUCCUGUCCCACAACCUCCUCGAGUAAUAAUUAAGGAAGUACCAGUGUUUAAAUGUGACCGUAAUCAGGUUGGAAACGGAGUAGGUGUACCUGAUGGAAGACCAGGCGCUCCAACUGAUGCACAAUCUGGAAUACCGCAAUGUGCACCUAGAAUAAUAACUAAAGAGGUUAAAGUUCCUGUCCCACAACCUCCUCGAGUGAUAAUUAAGGAAGUACCAGUGUUUAAAUGUGACCGCAAUCAGCUAAGCAACGGAGUAGGUGUACCUGAUGGAAGACCAGGCGCUCCAACUGAUGCACAAUCUGGAAUACCGCAAUGUGCACCUAAAAUAAUAACUAAAGAGAUCAAAGUUCCUGUUCCACAACCUCCUCGAGUGAUAAUUAAGGAAGUACCAGUGUUUAAAUGCGACCGUAAUCAGGCUGGAAACGUAGAAGGGGUACCUGAUAAAUUACAAAGCGGUCCAGGUGGUGCACAAUCUGGAAUACCGCAAUGUGCACCUAAGAUAAUAAUAAAGGAGGUUCCUGUCCCACAACCUCCUCGAGUGAUAAUUAAGGAAGUACCAGUGUUUAAAUGUGACCGUAAUCAGGUUGGAAACGGAGAAGGGGUACCUGAUAGAAGACCAAACGCUCCAAAUGACAUGCAAUUGGGAAUUACACAAUGUGCACCUAAGGUAAUAGUUAAGGAGGUUCCGGUACCACAACCUCCUCGGGUAAUAAUUAAGGAAGUACCAAUAUUUAAAUGUGAUCAUAAUCAUAUAGGAAGCGAAGGAGAGGUUCCUGAUCAAAGAACAAGCGCACCAAAUGACAUGCAAUCCGCAAAUUGUAGACAAUGCGCACCUAAAAUAAUAGUUAAGGAGGUCAAAGUUCCUACAUCACAACCUCCUAGAGUGAUAAUUAAGGAAGUACCAGUUUUGAAAUGUGACCGUAAUCGUAUUGGAAAUGGAAAAGAGGAACUUAAUCAAAACACUGGACGCGGUGAUACCAAUGAAGAUGCAUCAUUUUUACCGGCCCAUCUACCACAAUCUAAUUACAAUUCGGUGUUUUCGGGAAAGAAUGUUUGCGACGACUUACAAAAUGAAAUUAAUUCGUUGGUUCUACCGCUUCCAAAUUCGCCACAAGUACCCGAUUUUAAGCAAAAACUCCUAUCAUUUGUUUUACAACAAAGAAAGUGCGUACAGUGCACGUUACCUAGCUUGGGUAUUGGCGGAUGCCAGGAUUUACAAAACCAAGUUGCGGCGUUAAGUAUACCCAACUAUAUUUCCUCAGAGGUUCAAACGUUCAAAACCAAUUUAUUAAACUUGCUUUUGCAACAACGAAAUUGCGUGAAACAACCCAAUUGUGAAGCCAAAGUAAUUAAAGUUCCAGUUGAUAGACCUAUUUAUCAUCGGGUUCCUGUCAAAAUACCAGUGAAACAAAUUGUUGAAGUACCUAAAAAAGUUAUGGUUCCGGUGCCAUUCAUUAAGCAAGUUCCUGUCCGAGUACCCGUUAAACAAAUCGUUGAAGUACCAAAAGAAGUUGUUAAAGAGGUGCGAGUCCCUGUGGAAGUACCAAGAGAAGUUAUUAAACAAGUACCAGUUACGGUGCGACAACCGCCGAAGAUUGUGAUUAAACAAGUACCUGUAGCCGUACCUCAACCACCUAAAGUGAUUAUUAAACAAGUUCCAGUAACAACUAACUGUGAUAAACCGAAUAUUAUUGUGAGGGAAAAACCAGUACCGGUACCGGUACCUUCACCUCCUAUUGUAAAACAAGUACCAGUUAAGGUAAUGGUUAAAUCGGAGUGUCAUUUGCCACAAAUAGACUUCAAUAACUUGAAUACCUGUGGAGACAUUCACAGUGUGAUUGCAUCUUUAGCUAUGCCGGGCUAUAACUUGCAAGAAGUUGACAGUUUUAAAUCAAAACUUUUGGCCGCGUUUGCACAACAAAGGAAUUGCGCUCAUUGUAGAUUACCGGAUAUAGAUAUCAACAAGUGUGAAGGGUUGCAACAACAAGUCGAUUCGUUAAAUAUACAGAAUUCUAACCUUUGGGAGGUGCAAACUUUCAAGCACAAGCUUUUAACGGUACUUCUGAAUCAACGAAAUUGUGCGGCACAACGCGAAUGUCGACCACAAGUAGUUAAGGUUCCUGUUGAUAGACCAGUUUAUAAAGAAGUCCCAGUUAAGGUUCCCGUCAAACAAAUCGUCGAAGUACCAAAAGAGGUGAUUCGUGAAGUUAAAAUACCGGUUUAUAAGCAGGUUCCUGUGAGAAUACCAGUGAAACAAAUAGUCAAAGUACCUCAACCUCCAAAAAUUUUGAUAAAGGAAGUUACAGUUCCGGUGCCACAACCACCCAAAAUCAUCGUCAAACAGGUCCCUAUUGUCAUUUCGAAAUGUACUCAGAAGCCUCGAAUUGUGGUAAAAGAGAAACCGGUCCCGAUCCAGUUGCCUCCACGUACCAUAAUUAAGGAGGUACCGGUGCGAGUUAAGGUCCCAGUACCUGUCACGGGAGGAAAUGAUUGUCAUUUGCCUACAAUAAACCUGAAUAGUUGCGGAGAUGUACAAAACCAAAUUGCUUCCUUGGCUAUUUCGGGUUACAAUGUACAAGAAGUGCAGCACUUUAAACAGAAUUUGUUGUCGCUACUUAACGGACAAAGAAAUUGUGUUCAAUGUCAUCUACCCGACUUUGGUGUUAGUGGCUGUACAGGUCUGGAAAGUCAGGUGGCAGCAAUCAAUUUGCCCAAUUUCAGUGCACUCGAAACUCAGAGAUUCAAGCAAAAUCUUUUUACAAUGUUAGUCAAUCAGCGACAAUGUGGACCACUACGUGGUCCUAUCCCUAAACUUCCUCCACCGGAAGCCGCUUCAUUACACAAAGACCAAAACCCGAGAGAUUAUAGUAAUAACCCUAAUGUAGGGAAAGAGGCUUGUCGGCCAAGAGUUUUGAUCAAGGAAGUACCGGUUCCGGUACCACAACCUCCGAAAGUAAUCGUUAAACAGGUACCGGUCAUGACAAAAUGUGACCAAAAACCACAAAUUAUCAUUAAAGAAAAACCAGUUCCAGUACCAUCAAAGCCUCAAAUCGUCGUUAAAGAAGUACCAGUUAGCUCGAAAUGCCAUCUACCUCACCUAAAUGUGGCCACAUGUGACAAUGUACAAUCGCAAAUUGAGAAUCUUAAAAUUGCGGAUUAUAGUUCUGAGGAGGUCACUCAGUUCAAACGGAAUCUUUUGUCCAUACUCACUAAUCAAAGGAAUUGCGGUUCUAAUCACUGUCCGAAUAAAGAGUGUCAUCUGCCGAAUAUAAAUAUCAAAGGAUGUGCUUAUUUAGAAAACCAAGUUGCCGCAGUUACGGUUCCUGGUGUCAAUCCGGGAGAAGUACAAGCAUUCAAGCAAAAUUUGUUGUCACUGCUUUUGCAGCAGCAACAUUGCCAAAAGGCCGGGUCCGGAGAUCAAGGAAUACCUUCAAAAGAUGCCCAAGUUUUGCAAUCUCCUAGGACCACUCCUCAAGGUGGUGUACCAGUUACCCCACAAGGUGUGGUUCCAAUUACUCCACAAGGUGGUGUUCCAAUUAGUCCACAAGGUGGUGUUCCAAUUACUCCACAAGGUGGUGUUCCAAUUACUCCACAAGGUGGUGUUCCAAUUACUCCACAAGGAGGUGUUCCAAUUACUGCACCACAAGGUGGUGUACCAAUAAGUGGAGGUGGAAUACCCACGAAUGCAAUGAAAGGAGCGCCAAGGUCCCCCACUAAAUCUCCAUUUAGCUCAGAUCGCUGCGUCUUGCCAGAAUUAAAUUUACUUGAUUGUGAGAAUUUACAACACCAAGUCUUAAAAUUACGCCUUCCAGGCUGUAAUCCUACUGAGUUUGAGAAGUUCCAAGAGAGCCUAUAUCAGUUACAACGCAAAUAUUGCACGAAAAUGCACGUAGAUCCCGUACCUCGUCCUGGAGACCUUGGCAGUUUAACUAAUUCUCCAAGCCGUAUAUCAAACCAUCAGUCUAGUUGCCACUUGCCCCGAAUUGGUCUUCACGGAUGUACUAAUCUGCAAAACCAAAUCGAAUCAUUGAAUCUAAAUCACUACGAAUUGGGUUCGGUUAACGAGUUCAAACAAAAUUUGCUUUCGCUACUUUUGGAACAAAGACGGUGCAAGGAAGGUGGCUCAGAACCCGAAAAUUGUCGACCAAAAAUUGUUAAAGUACCACAGCCUCCGAGGAUUAUUGUUAAACACGUACCGGUUUAUAUAAAACCUGAAGGAGUGAACCAUAAACCAGGUGAUGCAUCAUCUAAUAACGCUGGACUGGUUCCAGUUGGUGCUAAACCUGUUACUUUAUGCCCUAAACCACAAAUUGUAGUUAAGGAAGUACCAAUUGUUCGAAAAGUUUUCGUUCUACAACCUUGUAAUACUGAAUCUGGCGAUAAUAAAUUUUUGGGACCACAAUCAGGUAAACCUACCAUGAAACAAUCGCCAGGUCCGAACGUUUUGGUCAAGCAGGUACCAGUGUAUAUUAAAGUACCCAAAAUCGUGGAGAAACAAGUACCGGUUCGUGUAUUAGUACCACCAAAGGUGAUAAUUAAGGAAGUUAAGGUACCAAUGGUCAAUGGUAAGUCGUGUCCGCCUCCAAAAGUUGUGAUUGAGAAAGUACCAGUGCCUCAACCUCCACAAAUUAUCACAAAACCGGUACUCGUUUCAGUACCUUGCAAUAAGACGGGUCAAAUUAUUUUACCAACUUUGCCGCUUCCUCGAAAUUGCGAACGACCUGAAAAUGUAGUAAGCGCAGUAAUUUUGGGCGGUUUUGGGUCAAAUAACCUCGAAUUGUUCAAACGAAAUUUGCUGCAAUUGCUCAAACACCAACAGAAUUGUGAUUUCGGUCCUAAAUCUGCGCAGUUAGAUCGUGCGAGAUUCCCGUCAAAGGGGCCACUGUGUCAGGCCAGAUUACUAAAACGGGUGCACACUUACGCCUCUCAGUUGUGUCGAUACAAGAAAUUAAUCAAACAGUUGCAACUCCAAUUGAACGGUUUGUCGAAUUUGCGACAAGAGCAGUUACCUGCAGUUCCUCUCCCGAUGUUGCAUGUCAUGAAGUCUGUCUCUCCUUCCGUUCCUUUGCGUCCCUUCCAGCAUGUUUCGUCGGUGUCCGCGUCUCGAGCAACAUUUGUCAGAAACCUGAACCAAGUUUACAGACACACACAAGCAGCAUUGCAACAUUGCAUGGACGCUAUUUUGGCUCAGUCAUUAACUCACUCGCAGAUUAACGCCAAAUGUAACAAUUGUCACCAGCUUAUUCAGGACAAGGAGAUGGCAGAGAACCAGAUCAAGUUCCUCAAUUCGAUUAUCGUGGAUAUGCAGAAGAAGACGGAAGAGCAAAGGGCGAGGAUCGAGAUCUUGGAGUCGGGAUAUAGUCCGGCAAUGGCUGACGAAUUGAAAUUGAUGGGUUCGCCGCAGCGUCAAGUGCCUCCGAGGGUCUAUUGCGAUAUUUGCGAAGAGUUUGAUUUGCACGAAACGGAAGACUGUCCCAAACAAAAUACUGACUUAGCGCCGGCUAAUGGAGGACAGAGGGGGGAGCAUAAACAUGUGCCGGAAAGGCCUUAUUGCGAAAUAUGCGAAGCCUUUGGUCAUGCCACAGAAGAUUGCCAGGAGGAUCAGACAUUUUAGAACAUAUUCUGUUAUUAAUAAUUUAUUUAGCAAAUUAAUAAAUAUCUUGUAAAAAUUUCUAGUUAAUAUUUAUUUGACACAAAUUAGUUGUUUUGUAAGUUAUCCGUUGAUGAGGUUAAUUGUAAAUAAAGGAUUGUGAAUUAAAUAAAAAUAUAUUUUUCUGUUAAUAACAGUUA